AUCAAGUUGAGCGCAACAGGGCUUGGCCGGGGAGCUAGCUAUACUCUUCAGAAUGCACAAGGAGAAAGCAUGAAAGCAAGGGAGUGGUGGGCGGCUGAUGCAGCCUGGUGAUUUACAAGGUAUCCUUGGUACAUCACUGAAGCCCGUCCUAAAGCUGUGCAUUUGAGUCCCUGUACUACAAACCUGUAGAAAGGCAAGGAUUGGACUUUGGCGCCAGGCGGGAGAGGGAAACAUUUUAAAACUCAUUAGAAUUGCAGCUACCACUUAUCGAAGAAACUUAAGUAUCCAAGCCUGUGAGCUGUGCCCUGAUUAUCUGUAGGUGCAGGCAGGCCCAGGAAUGCACCUGAAAAAUGUCCACGAUUUACAAUAUCUUUGUGAUCAACAAGUCAGGCGGCCUGAUAUAUUACAAGGACUUUGGCUCCAUUGCCAAGCUCGACACAAAUGACAGUCUGCGGCUGGCCAGCGUUUGGCACUCUCUCCACGCUAUCUCCAGCCAGCUCUCGCCGGUGACGGGGUGCACUGGGAUUGAGCUGCUGGAGGCCGACACAUUUGACUUGCACUGCUUCCAGACCGCAACAGGUACGAAAUUCUUCGUCACGGGAGAAACGGGGGCGGCCGGGGUCGAUCUCCUCUUGAAAAGCAUCUAUGAGCUUUACUCCGAUUAUGUUCUCAAAAAUCCUUUCUAUGAAGUAGAGAUGCCAAUCCGAGUGGAGCUUUGGGACCUCAACCUUGCAACACUGAUACGACAACGAGAACGAACAAGCACAGGAAAGUAAUUGGCAAACAUACUCGGCGCCAUGUUCUGGCCUCUGUCCUGUUUGAGUUGUACAUAUGAUAAUAUGCACUGAAUGCUAUCUGCACCACUGCGGCGUGGCGGUUUUCCCCAU